CCUCGAAAUAUUUGAAAAUUGGAAAAUCGCCCCUCAGGGCAACUGGGCAAGUGAAACUAAGCAGACGAUUAGCAACUGCAAAGAACCCAAAGAAGGUUUAAGGCGGGUUUAAGGCGGCUACUACUUCUCAUUCUCUAUGUAUCCAAUUUCUUUCUCAGAUAUCUUCAUCUACUCGUCUCCUUUAAUCUCUCCAUCUCUUCGAUUUUUCUCUGGUUCGUUCAAAAAUUUUACAUUAAUUUGAUGUCCAGCGCCAAGUCCCCUUUAGUUUUUGCCCAAAAGUUCGAUCAUUUCAUUUCCUUUGAUACAAAAUCAGAAAUACACUCUUCAAACCCACCAAAAGUAUCCACUAUUAUGUGGAGAAACGUAGCUAAACAAGCCAUUUCAAAAAGCUCCUGGAAAUCCCUCAGUUCUCAUUCGUUUUCAGGCACUUGUAGCUUUGUAUUUCCUUUCCAGGAAUCCAUUUUCACCCAAAAAUUCAAAUUGCAUCCACAAAAUAUCUCAAAUGCUGAACUGCGUUUUCGCCAAUACGGUGGAAUUCUGACACAUGAGAGGUUUGGCUUCCUUAGGAAUAGCGCUAAUGAUAUUACUAAUGUUUCUCUGUCUAGUGUGUAUUUGAGGCUCAGAGGGUAUGUAAAUGUAGCUGAGGCUGUUUCAUCAUCGACAGAUGUUGAAGACGACGUCUCUGUCGUUGAAGAAGUCCAAGAAUUAUUGCAGGAGAUGAGGAGAGAAGAGUGGAGAGAGAAAGAAUAUAUGAGAAAGAAGGAACGAGGAAUGAGUUCAGGGAAGUAUCAUAUGUUGAGGAGAAGGCAGGUGAAAAUCGAGACUGAAGCAUGGGAACAGGCGGCCAAAGAAUAUAAGGAGCUUUUAACGGACAUGUGUGAACAGAAAUUGGCUCCAAAUUUACCUUAUAUGAAGUCUUUGUUUCUUGGUUGGUUUGAGCCUCUGAGGGAUGCCAUUCUGAAAGAGCAAGAGUUGAUUAGAGAGGGAAAGAAUAGGACGGCUUAUGCUCCAUAUUUUGAUCAGUUACCAGCUGAUAUGAUGGCUGUAAUUACAAUGCAUAAGCUGGUGGGUCUGGUAAUGACCGGUGGGGGACAUGGAUGUGCAAUGGUUGUGGCUGCUGCUUGUAAAAUUGGCGAUGCAAUUGAUCAGGAGGUUAGAAUACACAGGUUCUUGGAGAAAACCAAAAAGAAAAGAGCUGGUAGUGAGAAAAAUCAGGAAGAUGAAUCUAAUGGCAUGGUGAAGGAGCAGCAGAAGUUAAGGAAAAAGGUUACUGAUUUGAUUAAGAAGCAAAAGUUGCCUGCAGUGAGGAAGAUAGUGAAGGGGCAUGAUGAUUCAAAACCCUGGAGCCAGGAUGCUAAGGCUAAGGUUGGGAGCCGUUUGAUUGAAUUGCUGAUUCAAACAGCUUAUAUACAGCCUCCCGCUAAUCAGUCAGCUGAUGAUCCACCUGAGAUUCGACCUGCGUUUGUACACACAUUCAGGACUUUGAAACAUGGAAAUAAGGAGAGCGGCAGAAGAUAUGGUAUCAUUCAGUGUGACCCACUAGUUCUGAAGGGCCUUGAGAUAACUGCAAGGCACAUGGUAAUUCCUUAUAUGCCAAUGUUGGUGCCACCAAUAAAGUGGACAGGUUAUGACAAAGGAGCACACUUGUUCUUGCCAUCCUAUGUCAUGCGCACACAUGGUGUUAGACAACAACGAGAGGCAGUCAAGAGGACGUCUAGAGAGCAACUUCAACCAGUUUUUGAGGCUUUGGAUACACUUGGACAUACAAAAUGGAGAAUAAAUAAGAGGGUACUUAGUAUUGUGGAUAGAAUAUGGAAUAGUGGAGGCCGUCUUGCUGAUUUGGUAGAUCAAAAUGAUGUUCCUUUGCCAGAAAAGCCAGAUACUGAAGAUGAAGCAUUGCUGAAGAAAUGGAAGUGGAAAAUCAGAUCUGUGAAAAAAGAGAACAAGGAGAGACACUCUCAGCGUUGUGACACUGAACUAAAACUUGCUGUAGCACGGAAAAUUAGGGAUGAAGAAGGUUUUUAUUAUCCACACAAUCUCGACUUUCGAGGACGUGCAUAUCCCAUGCACCCAUACUUGAACCAUCUUGGUUCAGAUCUGUGUCGGGGCAUUUUGGAGUUCGCUGAGGGACGCCCUCUUGGAAAGUCUGGCUUACGCUGGCUCAAGAUACACCUUGCAAAUUUAUUUGCUGGUGGUGUGGACAAGUUGUCAUAUGAUGGUCGAAUGGCUUUUACUGAGAAUCACUUGGAUGAUAUAUUUGAUUCUGCAGAAAGGCCACUUGAGGGAAAGCGUUGGUGGUUACAUGCAGAAGAUCCAUUUCAGUGCUUGGCAGUAUGCAUUGAUCUCACUGAGGCUCUGAGAAGUUCCUCUCCAGAAACAUUUAUUUCACAUAUUCCAAUUCAUCAGGAUGGUUCCUGUAAUGGCCUACAACACUAUGCUGCACUAGGAAGAGACAAGUUGGGAGCAGCUGCUGUUAAUCUGGUUGCUGGAGAGAAGCCUGCAGAUGUCUACUCAGGAAUAGCUGCUAGAGUGCUUGAUAUCAUGAGGAGGGAUGCACAGAAAGAUCCUGCUGUUUUUCCUGAUGCAUUGCAUGCAAGGACAUUAAUUAAUCAGGUUGAUAGGAAAUUGGUGAAGCAGACAGUGAUGACAUCUGUAUAUGGUGUCACUUAUAUUGGUGCAAGAGAUCAGAUCAAGAGGAGGUUGAAAGAACGUGGUUUUAUUGCAGAUGAUGCAGAGAUCUUUCGUUCCUCUUGCUAUGCUGCAAAGGUGACUUUAACUGCAUUAGGAGAGAUGUUUGAAGCUGCACGAAGUAUCAUGAGCUGGCUUGGUGAAUGUGCAAAGAUUAUUGCAUCUGAAAAUGAGCCUGUGAGGUGGACAACUCCACUUGGACUUCCUGUUGUGCAACCUUACCGUAAAUUAGGAAGGCAUCUCAUCAAAACUUCCCUGCAGGUCUUAACACUACAACAGGAAACUGAAAAGGUUAUGGUCAAGCGGCAGAGAACAGCUUUCCCACCAAAUUUUGUUCACUCCCUUGAUGGUUCUCAUAUGAUGAUGACUGCAGUUGCCUGCAAAAAAGCAGGCCUAAACUUUGCAGGAGUUCACGAUUCAUAUUGGACGCAUGCAUGUGAUGUGGAUGAAAUGAACAGAAUACUCAGGGAAAAGUUUGUUGAGCUUUACGAAAAACCAAUCCUGGAGAAUUUGAUGGAGAGCUUUCAGCAAUCUUUUCCGACAUUAUCCUUUCCCUCUUUACCUGAACGAGGAGACUUUGAUCUGCAGGAUGUGUUAGAAUCACCAUAUUUCUUCAACUGAUCAAAUGCAGGGGCUUUUCUUUAUGUUGCACUAGCAUGACUCAACAUUUCUAGGUGUCAGCCUGUUUGCACAAGUGAGCAUGAUAAGGAAAGCCCACAAUCUGACAAGAAUUUCAUGGUGGAGACUAGCUAUGUAUAUAUUUUUAAAGACACUCUCAAAGAUCUCCAGUGGGUUGCUCUUAAAAAAAAAAAAAGAAAGAAAGAUCUCCAGCGGCUAUGAUCUCUACUUCACUAAGAGCCUCGAGUGACGUUGUGUAGCAAGCAUGAAAUUUUAGUUCUGGAGUCGUAAGUUAUCAGUCCUGGGUACAAGCUUUUCUGGAGCUGAAUCGGCAAGGAUACAUGUGGAUGAAGGAAUAGGUGCUAAAAUUGUGUAGCAGGUCCUCAUCAUUACUUUUUUGAAGAAAAAUAUGCAGAAUGGGGCAUAAGGUCUCAAUAGAGGAAUUAAAAAAAUCCAAUGUGAAAUGUAGUGGACUGUAUUGUUGCAUUUACAUCUGGUGAACCUCUAUGAUAUCUCAGAGAAAACCCUCAAUACUAUGCUGGCUCAUUAGAUGCGUCAUGACAAGCUCUGCAUCUUUCACAUGAAUCGAGGAUAUAUAUGGUCCUUGUGUAAUUGUUAUGAAGUUCACUUCUGUGAUAAACUAUGAAUCGGCUUUCUGGCUGUAAAGGAAUGAAGCAAAGCCCCCCGGAAAGCAAGAGAACUCAUUGAAAUUACUGAUUUAUCUGAAUAUAUUUCAUGUGAGUGCUA